AGGGCCGACUCUAAUCGUAUCCAUUAGUCAAUGUUUUGUCAAUUGCAACACUAAUCUAAUUCGUGGCUCGACAUUGGCCAACUAGACCGUUAGAAACCCUUCGGAUUUUGCGGGGUGACAGAACUUAUUCUAUCCCCAGACCGUGUAAACGAACGGCACAUGCCGAGGUAACCUUAUACCAACUCCACAUCUGCCCAUAUGAUGUUGCAUCUAAACGGGAGACUUAUCAAGUUCCCAUUAAAUGGCAAAAACCAUACCUUAUAAGAUGCAAUAACAACGCCAAUAUAUACCCAUCCUUCUAAAACUGCAACCCCUAGCCAGUCCCCAUAUAACCAAUCCACCAUGGAAACCCUCUGGGCCACCAUCGUCGACACCUACUCCCCUCAAGCCAUAGAAUUCACCGGCACCCUAGCGGUCCAAAUCCUCGCCUUCUGGCUCCCGUCUCUCAUCUACCUCUCCCUAGACCUCCUCGCUCCCCAAUUCUCCAAUCGCCACAAACUCCAACCGGCCCCCAAACAACCAACCCGCAAAGACAUCCAAUACUGCUUCCAAGUCGUCGCCCGUAACCAAGUCAUAACCUCCGCCCUCCACAUCCUCCAACUCAGCCUCCUCAAAAACCCCUCCUACAAAAUAUCCCCCACCCUCCCCACUCUCGGGACCCUAACGCGCGACUUCGCAAUCAGCCUCCUCGCGCGCGAAGCCCUCUUCUACUACGGCCACCGUUUCCUCCACCAACCCGCCCUCUACGCCCGCAUCCACAAACAACACCACAAAUUCACCGCACCCAUUGCCCUCGCCGCACAAUUCGCCCACCCCAUCGAACAGAUCUUCGCCAACGCGCUGCCGAUCACUCUGCCGCCGCAGCUGCUAGGGAGUCAUAUUCUGACGUUUUGGGCGUUUCUUAGCUAUGAGUUGUUUGUGACGGCGACGGUGCAUUCUGGAUACGACUUUUUUGGGGGGAAGGCGAAGAUGCAUGAUUUGCAUCAUGAGAAGUUUAAUUUGAAUUAUGGGUCGAUUGGGUUGUUGGAUUGGGUGCAUGGGACGGAUAAGCUUGAGAGGAAAAAGAGGGUUGAGUGAGUUCCAUGUUUUUGGGUAUGGUCGUGGUAGUUUCGGGGGAAGUUGGGGUCUUAAGGCAGUGAUGCGCUUGGGAUGGAUAGUUCAGGUGUAAGGUAGGAGGAGGAUGGAAGAUGAUGGGAUUGUGCUUAGUAUGUUAUAUGUAUGAUGAGUGUCCAGGUGUGUAUGCCUAGUACAUCGGGUAAUUGAUUUGUAUAUGUAUCUUAGCGGAGGUGUAACGACUAGAUAUAACAGGAGGCUAUGGGCAGAAAAGCGCAGUCUGUAGGGGAAGCAAAAAAGCCGAAAAAACAAGAGGAGAAAAGGAGAGAGAGCCCAGAAAAUAAAACUAAAGCAUUGAAGAAAAGUAUCAAGGUGAAAAGAAGACAGAACUAAAGUUGUUGGCUGAACUAAA